CAGCAGUGACGAGUCUUCCUAUUGCCGCUCUCUCAGGCUCUGGUUUUCAAACCACACAAGCGUGAAGAUGUACUUCUUUCUCCUCACUGGCUCCAGUCCUAUUUGAGAAGGAACGCUGUGACGGGUUAAGGGUUAAACUAAAGACGGUCUCUAGUUUGUCCUUACAGAAGUGUGUGUAAUAGGCUUCAACCGAUAUCGGCUUCUGCUCCAUUCGCGUGGUAAAGAAAUCAGUAUAUUAGCCUAUAUACCUUUAUUAUGUAGGCUAAUUUAGAAAAGUUCGCGCAUGAUUCGUUCGUUGAUCGAAUGUAUAAUAAUCGUUGUUGUAAUAAUUCGAGCCGCUAGCCUCGAAUUAUCUACUGCACAGUCAAUUUCUUUGGAGAUUGGAGAGAGACAUCGCACGAGACAAUGCGUACUUCAUUUAAUCUCCUUUUGGGUGUUUUGAUAGAGAUCCAGGUUCAAUGUUUUCAAGAAGGAAUAUGUCCUCAAAAAGAUCCUCCACGUGGUGUACAGGUACUGGCAGCAGGCACUAAUGUCACCCUCCACUGCAGUGGCCAGAUCUCUGUGGACAUGGCACGGCCCGGCGGGGGCCCCAGGGGGGGGGCAGAGGGGGAAGCCCGUGCCACACUGCCCCCCGGGGUGGAGACCGUCGCCCCCAACCGGACCGGGUUAAUGGAGGGAGCGGAUUCGGCCGGCGGGGCAGGAGAAACGCUUGACCCGACCGGGGAGGGGAGCGUGAGCGCAGGGCUGAACGGGAGCGAGGCGGGGAGCGCGGGACAUGCUAACGCAUCUGGCGCCGACGGGGGGGACGCCGGUGCCCGCGGCGAGGCCCCGGGGACUGAGGGGCGGGUGGCGAGGGGCCUCGGGGACAGGGCGCAGUGGAGGGUGAACGGCCGCGUCUGGACGAGGGGAGGGGAAGCGGGGGACACGCUGCGGAUCGCUCCCCUCCUCCCGAGUGACAGGGGGAACUACAGCUGUCACCGAGGGGGGAAAAAGGUUUUUUCCGUUGAGAUUGUUGUUGCGGUCCCUCUAGAGCAGCCCACUCUCUCGUGCUACAGGAAAACACCCACCAGCAAGAUUCGCUGUGAUUGGACGUCCAAUAAACCCAUAACCCCGACCCCGCGGUGCUACCUCAUUCUGAAGAAGGGCCUGUACGGCCGGCAGUCGAAGGUGAACUGCUCCUUUAGUCCCUCACGGGCUCGCUGCUGGUGUGCCAUGGAGCAGAGAGAGGGAGAAAAGGACGCUUUCCAGGCAACUCUGUGCGUAACCAGCAUUACUGGCAAUGCGACUAGUCCCACCAUUGAAAUCCAUCCGGAGAACAUUAUUAAACCAGACCCCCCCACCAAUGUGACGGUGCAUAAGAUGGACGGUAUGGAGCACAGGCUGAAGGUGACAUGGAAGUACCCCCACACCUGGAGUCCAAACUUCUACCGUCUGUACUUCCAGCUGGAGUACUUCCCCCUCGUGAAAGGGCAGGCGAAGGAAGCGCAGACUGUGGUCUCCAAGGGAGUGUCCUACACCAUGAAGGACAUCCUGCCACGGACCGAAUACGUUCUGCGGGUCAGGGCCAAGGAGGAGUUUGAUCUGGGCCAGUGGAGCGACUGGAGCCCCCAGCUGUACGCACGUUCAUGGACAGCUCCAGAACCCAGUGCCUCCAGUGACGUUCACUCCUCCUCUAACCCCUUCGACCCCUUCAUCACAGAGUCUGGCGAUGGCUCUGGGAGUGAGAUGCCAUCUGAGUCCUCCCCCUCAACCCGUCCAACGCUGACCUUGCACUUGUCCUGGGUGCUUGCGGCCUGCGUGCUUGGUGCCGUCGUAGUGCUGGCGGUCUACAUCCUCAGACACAGAGAGCAGUUCACAUCUAAACUGUUCAAGCUGGCUCGAUGCUCCACCUCACACACUCCAGCCCCACACCCCUCUCAGCUGCCCAGAGAAGAAGGAAACCCCCUAGUGCCUGGGCCUUCUGCACCUCCCUCACUGCAGGAGGAAGGAAGGGGUGAGGGAAUUCACCUCAACAACAUGGGCUACUUUCUGGUUCAGACAAACUGAGAGAAGAGCAUCAGAGAUGUGUACAAAUGUAUUGUUGUAAUAGUUGGUCAAUAGACUCACGCAGUACUCACACACACACACACUCAGACAUGCACAUAACUACACACACACGCACAUGCACACAACUCACACACAGUGCCACACACACAGUACUCACACGCACAAACACACACACAACUACACAUACAGUGCCACACACACACACAGACACGCACACAACUACACACACACACACACACACCCAGACACACAGUGCCACACACACACACUCAUCUACCAUGCAGUUGACUCAAACACUGUGUAUACUUUCUAGAAUUGAAUGCAUGGCUAGCACAAACCAUUGCAUAUACACUGCAAGUGAUUGAACAGCUUAUCCUGAACAGGGUCGCAGGGGGGCUGGAGCCUAUCCCAGCAUACAUUGGGCGAAAGGCAGGAAUACACCCUAGACAGGUCGCCAGUCCAUCGCAGGAUACACACACACACACACACACACACACACACACACACAUACUCACACACACACACACACACACACAGACAUGCACACAGCUACACACACAGUACUCACACACACACACAACUACACACACACAGUACUCACACACACACACACACACACCCAGACACACAGUGCCACACACACAGUACUCACACACACAGACACAGUGCCACACACACAGUACUCACAUACACUCACCUACCAUGCAGUUGAUUCAAACACUGUGUAUACUUUCUAGAAUUGAAUGCAUGGCUAGCACAAACCAUUGCAUAUACACUGCGAGUGAUGAGUACUGAACACACAUGAAGUUUGUGUAACGGAGAAAGAGAUCCAUCCAUCCAUUAUCUUAACCCGCUUAUCCUGAACAGGGUGGCAGGGGGGCUGGAGCCUAUCCCAGCAUACAUUGGGCGAAAGGCAGGAAUACACCCUGGACAGGUCGCCAGUCCAUCGCAGGGCACACACACCAUUCACUCACACACUCAUACCCAUAGGCAAUUUAGAUUCUCCAAUAAGCCUAACCUGCAUGUCUUUGGACUGUGGGAAACCUGAGUACCCAGAUGAAACCCACACGAACACGGGGAGAACAUGCAAGCUCCGCACAGAGAGGCCCCAGCUGACCGGGAUUCAAACCCAGGACCUCCUUGCUGUGAGGUGGCAGUGCUACCCACUGCACCAUCAGUGCCGCCUUAAAUAAACAUAAUAAAUAAAAAGAAAAAUAUUUUUAACAAAAA